AACUCAUUUUCAUUCUUAAAUUCUCAUUUGCAUUAUAUUACAGUGUUCAGACUUUAUCUUGGUCUUUUCAGUUUGAACCAAUUAGGCUGUUUGACCUGUGAUUCUGAACCUGGAAAUCAACUAUGCAUAUAAAGCAACCCAUUACUUCUUCAAAUCCCUUAUCUAAAUUCUUCUAGCCAUGAAAAGUAUGAAACUUUGCUCUCUUUUUCCUUUUUUAAUUCUCUCAUUUCUUAUAUUCUCCUUCCCUUUGACUACAUCAAGAAUUCUGUUUAGAGGAAAUUCAUUUUCAGUUAAAGAUGAUUUAGAUUUCAUUACUUCCCCACAAAACACAUUCACUUGUGGAUUUUUUCCCAUUGGCAAUACUAAUGCUUAUUACUUUGGCAUAUGGUUCACAAAUUCAAGAGACAAAACUGUUGUUUGGAAUGCCAAACAAGAUAGGCCUGUAAAUAAACAAGGGUCAAAGCUUACACUAAGAAAAAAUGGAGCUUUGGUAUUAACAGAUGUUGAUGACACAAUUGUUUGGCAAACAAACACAACAUCAUUUGAUAUUGAAAAAGCAGAACUUCUUGAAACAGGUAAUUUAGUCUUGAAAAAUCCACAUGGUAAUAUUCUGUGGCAAAGUUUUGAUUUACCUACUGAUACUUUAUUACCUCACCAAUUUUUUACUAAGAAUCAUAGGUUAGUACCUCCUUUAAGAAAAGGUAGUUUAUCACCUGGCUAUUUUAGUUUAUAUUUUGAUAGUGAUAAUGUUUUGAGAAUGAUAUAUGAUGGUCCUCAAGUUUCAAGUAUAUAUUGGCCUAAUCCUGAAAGAGAUGUGUAUUGGAAUGGUAGAACUAGUCAAAAUAGUAGUAGAUUUGCCUAUUUUGAUAACAUGGGGAGGUUUUUCUCAAGUGAUAGGCUGCAGUUCAAUGUUUCUGAUAUGGGGUUUGGGAUAUUAAGAAGGAUGAGUAUAGACAUUGAUGGGAAUUUGAGAAUUUAUAGCUUGGAAAAUUCGACGGGGUUGUGGAAGAUUUCUUGGCAAGCUAUUGCACAGCCUUGUAUUGUACAUGGAAUAUGUGGGAGAUAUUCAAUUUGUAGUUAUGCACCAGAACCUAAAUGUACAUGUCCUCCUGGAUAUCAGAUGGUUAAUGCAAGUGAUUGGAGUAGAGGUUGCAGACCAAGAUUCAGUCAAACAAGUUUGAGUCGCGAACAUGUGAAGUUUGUGGAGAUUCCUAAUGUUGAUUACUGGGGUUUUGAUCUUAACUUCACUAGUUCUAUGUCACUGGAAUCUUGUAGGACAUUGUGCUUGGAUGAUCCGCGUUGUCGUGCAUAUGUCUACAGGCGAAAUGGUGAGGGAACAUGCUUCACUAAAGGCAUGCUUUUCAAUGGCUAUAGGUCUCCUGGUUUUCCUGGUACUGCAUUCUUUAAAGUACCUAAGAAUCUAAGUGGAUCGGAAUCAGGUCUUUUGAAUCUUGAAAGUACUGAUGCAAAAUGUGGAUCGAGUCCAGAAAACGUUCUUUUUGGUUCUCCUUCAAUGUAUGAGUUGGAUUUUAAGAAGGUGAAGUGGAUUUAUCUUUACUUGUUUUCUUUCACCCUUGGCGGAUUAGAGAUUCUAUUCGUCGUGUUAGGUUGGUGGGCGUUGUUUAGCAAACACGGGAUUCCUGCUUCCAUUGAGGAAGGAUAUAAAAUGGUCUCAUCGACUCAGUUCAGGAGGUUCACUUAUACUGAACUUAAGAAAGCAACAAAAAACUUCAAGGUUGAGCUGGGAAGAGGAGGUUCAGGGGCUGUUUACAAAGGAGUUUUAGCAGAUGGAAGAUUGGUUGCCGUCAAGAGACUUGCAAAUGAGUUUCAAGAAGAAUUUUGGGCGGAGAUGACAACCAUAGGAAGAAUCAACCACAUGCAUUUGGUCAGGAUGUGGGGAUUUUGUUCUGAAGGGAGACAUCAGCUUUUGGUGUAUGAAUACGUCGAGAACUCAUCACUCGACAGGCAUCUUUUCAAGUCGGAUAUUCUUGGGUGGAAACAAAGGUUUGCAGUGGCACUAGGGACGGCUAAAGGUCUUGCAUACCUUCAUCAUGAAUGCCUUGAAUGGGUGAUUCAUUGUGAUGUGAAGCCUGAAAAUAUACUUCUCGAUAGUGAACUCGAGCCCAAGAUUGCAGAUUUUGGACUAGCAAAGCUCUCCCAAAGAGGUGGCCCUGGUUCAGACUUCACAAAGAUUCGCGGAACUAAAGGUUACAUGGCUCCAGAAUGGGCUUUGAACCAACCUAUCACAGCAAAAGUUGACGUUUACGCCUUUGGGAUUGUAAUACUAGAGAUGGUUAAGGGAAGUAGGCUGUCAACUUGGGUGGUGAAUGAUGGUGAAUGUGAUCACGAGCACGAAUCGCAGCUUAGAAAAUUUGUCAAGAUGGUGAAGAGGAAGAUUCAGAGUGGAGAAGACUCUUGGGUGGAUAAAAUAGUGGAUCCAAGAUUAGAAGGGAAUUUUAACAAGAAGCAAGCUGUCACACUGAUUGAAAUAGGCCUUUCUUGUGUGGAACAAGAUAGAAAUAAAAGGCCUAAAAUGGCUUCAGUAGUCCAAACACUACUGGAAUGUGAAGAUGAAACAACAAUUCUAACAUAGAAUCUGAGACUUGUAACUCCCAGCAGACUGAAUAAAGAGUAUCCAUUUUCAAAAUGUAAAGAGAGCUUGGAAUUUGGAAAUGAAAUUGACAAUAAUAUUCUGUUCCCUUCCCAUCUGAAUCAA